ACUAGAGGAUGAGGUAGAUUCCUCUUGCACUUUUAGCCCUUCACUUGGAUAUUUAUGGAUAACAAGCUCCCUUAUAUUACUUACCACUUUCAUGCAACCAAAAUAUAUAAAAAAAAAACUCAACAAAAUUAAAUAUUUUGCUACCAAAAUAUCUACACUUUUCUUACACUAUUCUUUUUUUUUUCUCUCUCGUACCCAAAAGAAAUGAAUCAUGUUCAUGAGCAUCAACUCCCUUGUUUGCAUUGCCAACCUCAAGAAUACAUUAGAAUGGUUCAACAUUUGAUAGAGAGGUGCCUGACUUUUCACAUGAGUAGAGAUGAGUGCAUCAAAGCUCUAGCAAAACACGCUCAUAUUCAGCCGGUGGUCACUCUUACGGUAUGGAGAGGGCUUCUCGAAGAGAACAGAGGAUUCUUUCAUCGAUAUUUUCAUGCUAUUUCUCCUCCCCAUUUCACCAGUAGACCUACUGAGAGGAAAUUCAACUUCAGAAGAAGGAAGCAAUGGAAGUGAAGGCUACUUAAUUGUAUGACAGCUGCAUAUUCAACAGUUUCAGAUAAAUCAAGAAUUACUUCCCUGCAAAUAUAAUCAGAAUGUUUGAAUGUAAUGCUAACACCGAUCAAAAUUAUUUAUACAUAACUACAUGGCCAAAUUUUCACCACA